AUUUAAAAAGUUACAUGUACACGCGCGCGUACACACACAAUUACAAAAGCGUAUCAAAAGUGACAUUUACUUUCCAUCGUAAUGAUGUACAAGUGUGUGUGUGCGUUGUUUUGACGUUUCGAAUGUAGUGUUUUUUGUUCGAAAUUUUUCAUACAAUCACACGAAAAAAAUUUUACAUUUUAAAAUUGAAAUUACACAAAUUUAGAAAAUGGAAUCGCAGAAUCGAUGAUAAAUUUGAAAAGUGCAUGUGUUAAUUGAGUGAAUUAAAUUAGUUUGAGUUUGAAAUUAAUGCGAUGGAGAAGCGUAUUUUGUCCGAUCUCAUUUCAGUAACAACAAAGUCAAGCGAUAAAGGCACCAUAUUUAAUGCUUUGGUAAAGCUUCGAGCUGAACUGGUUAAAGAUAAACAAGGCAUCGAAUUAUUUUAUAAUGCUGGUGGAAUUGCACCAAUGGUACGGUUGCUCAGUAAACCGUAUGAAAAAAUUCUCGAAGGUGCACUCAGCAUUUUAGGCAAUUGUUGUACACAGAAAAUGUGCUGUACACAAGCAAUAUCACAUGGAAUUGUACCACCAUUGUUGACAAUAUUGAAAAGUAUACCAAAUCCAAAGGUACAAUGUCGUGUAUGCCGUUUACUUGGCAAUUUGGCCAGAGAAUCAAAUGAAAAAUUAUGUACACUGGCCAAAGGGAUUGGUGUAGUUUUGGCAUCCGUUUUAGAAGACACAAAGGAUGUGGCUACAAUGGGAAUGGCUGUACGAGCAACACGUUUACUCUGGAACGAAAUGCCGUUCAACAAUGAAUUCGUUCAAUCGGAUGGUGUGGAAAAAAUUCUCGGCAUUUUAAUAAAAUAUACAAUUGUUGAACAGAAAAAACCCGAACCACAAUCACUUGUCGAACAAAAUCCAUAUGAAAAGGAUCGCGUCGAAUUUAUGGAGACACACAUUCAAAUCAUGGAAACGAUUAACAGUCGCGUUUUUGAUCAUGAAAUUUUAAAGAAAAGCAAACCAGUCGAUGAGGAUGGUUUUCGCAUGCCAGACGAUUCCGAACAAUGUAAUCUAGUGAUGGAAAUAUUGAAAUGUUUAGAAACUGUGACCAGCAUUCAUUCCAGUUUACGCAUUAUUUAUAAUUUUAUACGUAUACAACAUAGCGGAAGUUGUAUUACAUUUCUUGCUCGAGGCGAUAGUCCAUAUCGUACGCAUUCCUUGAAAAUUUUAUCGAAUUUGGCCAAAUCAAGUUGCCAUAAAAUAUUGAAUGAAGCCGAUACAAUGACAACCGUUUGUAAUCUUGUAACGGCAACCAAUUUGAAUAAAGCGCUCAGCAGUGCAGAGGAACGUUAUUGCAUUUGUGUGAUAUGUCUAUUGGCUGAUGAUUCAUGUAAUCGUGCUAAAGUUCGGAAAAGUGGCGCAUUCAAGCAUUUACUACAAGUCGCCAAAAAUACCGAUAACGAUCCACUUUUGACAAUGAUUUUGACUGGUAUAAAAUAUUUCCGAUAUGAUAAUAUGAGUAUGGAUUUAAUGAUUCAUAUGGGUCUGAUGAAUGUAUUGGUUAAUCGAUUGGGAACUAGUAUUAAAGAUUUGAAAGAAACUCACAAUACGGACCAGAAGAAAAGCAAAGAUGCCGUAAGGCCACGUGAUGAUGAUGAAGAUAUUGAAAUGAUAUUUCGAAAACGUGUGAAAAUGGAAUUUAGCCCACCUCGUUUUAUACCACGUGAUAUUGAUUCACCAACUGCAUCAACUAGCAGUGGUUCGUUUUACCAAUCGCCAAGCGACAGCCCAGGCAGUUCAUCGAGCUCAUCCCCAAGAAGCUCAUCGCCGGCAUAUCAAACGGGUGACAACUAUGAUGAUAUCGAUGACUAUUCGCCAGUUGUCAGUGAUAUCGAGGAUCAAAAUGAUGACGACAUGGAUUCAAAAGUGAAGUCGAAGCGAAAGGAUGAUGUAGACAAUAAUGAUGUACUACAAAGGAUUUUGAACGAACAAUCAUCGUCAAAAUGUGAACUCGAAGAAGGAAAUCUAUCCGACCAAGGUGAACAUGAUGAUGCUGAUGACAUAAAAGAAAAGAAAGAAAAAGUUCCGAACCAAUCUGAUAUAUCCGAAAAGAAAAAAACAAUAAAUUUGGUAUUGAGCAUUUUAUGCAGUGCAUCAUAUCGUCUGAGGCAAUUAUCGAUCAAUGAAUUAUGCAAACCGGAUAUCUUAGAUACAUUGAUAAAAACGUGUCGAAUCACAUAUAAACGACAUUCACCCGAAGCUGCAUGGGAUUCACACGGUGCCCCAAUGGUUUUAUCACACAUUAUCGAAGCGAAAAAUUUUGUGUCACUGCUCAAAACUAAUUUCAUAUUUCAAGUAUACGAUAUGGCACAUCCGGAAAAAGAACAUCAAAAUUGUGAUCUCUGUUCAGAUCUGAAAUUCGUUGGUGAAGGUUUGUUAAAAUUGCUGAACGAAACCGCCGAAAAUGGUUAUGGACGUGGUGAAAUGGCGCAUUUCUUAUUAAAAAAUGACAAAGAAAUGCAUAAGCAGGUGUCAGUAAUUUCGGCAAUGAUAAUUCGUGAUAAAAAGGUGUUGCAUACGUUGUUGAUAAAACAUGGCGGUCUCUAUACGAUAAUCGAAUUGAUUCUCACAAAAAAUGAAAAGCUCACAAAUGAAGCGGCCACUGGUCUCACGGCACUUGCCCGAACGCUUGAUAUUGCAACGCCAAACUAUGAUACCAGUCGAAUUUCCAAGCUGGAAACGACUGUUGGCGGUGAUGCAUACAAUAAUGCGGAUAAUUGGCCCGACACCGAAGAUCUUGUUUCGUUUGUGAGUGGUGAACAAAAUGAUGAAAGCAAUGAAAUCAAUACGGUACGAUUUAGUGAGCAUAUUUUAACGGAAAAUAGUGAUGUUUUCAAUCGAAUGUUCAAUAGUAAUUUUCAAGAGUCAAAGAAUAAACAGGUCUUUUUGAAAAAUCAAUCGAUCGUUGGCAUUCGAUAUUUUUUGGAUUGUGUAAAACAGCAUUCGUUUGGAAAGGCUUUACGCAGUCCAAUUAUGCGCAGUGCCAACGAAAAUGAUAACGGUACGUAUAAAAUAAUGACCACAUUAAAAGCUGCCCUCGAAGCGUACGAUAUGUGCCAAAUCUACUUACUGCCCGAUUUAGAACGCGAUAUCCUUAAUAUGAUUGUUUAUUUAUUAAGCGCCGCGAAUAUAUUGGAGCUAUUUAUAUUUUCGAUAAAAAAUCACAAACAAGAGCUCACCGAAAUGGCGAUCAAUUAUUUUUUAACAUCGAAUUUAACAGCCGCCGAAAAGGUGCACGUUAUGAGAGAAGCUGAUGAUUGUGAAUAUUUUAAAGAAUGGAACGAUUUAAUAUUAGAUACCAUUACAUACACCUGCCAGAAUCAUUCAUUUUGAUAUUCCACAAAUUUUGGCAUUCUCUUUUUCUCUUGUUGCAGUACAAUGAUAAUGAACAUUACUCAUAAUUUUGAAUUACAUCUAUAUUUAAUGAUGUCACAUAAUGAAAAUUGAACU